UGUGUGAGAGAGAGGGAGAGAAAGAGAGCAGGAGAGAAGGAGAGAGGGAAGAAUACUUUUAUCUUCUCCAUCGCUACUGUAGAAUGUCUCAACGCCUCUCUCCACCUAUACCGUAGAAUGUCUCAACGCCUCUGAUCAGUGCAUACAGAAUCAAGACAUCAUAAUCAUCUCGGAUGUGUCGGAUGAAUAAAGAAAGAACACAAUGCUAGACUUUUAACAGUUUGAUUUUGUCACUGGAGGUUGUUUUCCUUUAUUCUUCUCCCUUUCUUGAAGUCGUUUAUUCUGGAACCUCAAGUACGUGGGAUACUUCGCCUGGUCUGUUUUGACGACUGUCUCCAGCUGUGGAGAGAAGCUUGACUCGGGACUAUUUCCCCGAGCCCCUGUUGGAUUUAGGAGAAGCGCGACUUAAAACCGAAAAAGACAACAGUUUUUUGACCAAAAAGUGGAGUUAUUGUGAACUUGUGAGAAGAGCGCCAGGCCUGUAGCAAUGUGUCGGGGGCGGCUGGUGAGGCUGGCGGUGGGUCUGGUGGCGGUCCUGUCGCUGUGGACGGAGCCUGGCGGGGCUGAGGCUGAGGCUGGGGCUGGGCAGGCUGGGGGAACCGGAGGAGAAGCUACACUUACCGAAGGAGAGCUGGUGUCUUUGCCGUUAUUAACGGUAGACAGCGAGCCGGCCAGACAGACACCGACCCAACCAAGAGCCAGCCGGGCCAAGCGGAGGGGAGGAGGGACAGACGUCCUCAAAGGGCCUAAUGUGUGUGGCUCUCGUUUCAACGCCUACUGCUGUCCAGGAUGGAAAACUCUGACCGGGGGCAACCAGUGCAUCGUCCCCAUCUGUCGGAGCUCGUGUGGAGACGGUUUCUGCUCCAGACCCAACAUGUGUACCUGUCCCACCGGAUCCAUCGCUCCUUCUUGUGGAUCCAAGUCAGUCCAAAACUGUAACAUCCGCUGUAUGAACGGUGGGAGCUGUGCUGAGGACCACUGCCAGUGUCAGAAAGGAUACGUGGGAAACCACUGUGGUCAACCGGUGUGUGAGACAGGUUGUCAGAAUGGAGGACGGUGUGUGGCUCCUAACCGCUGUGUUUGUACCUACGGCUUCACGGGGGCACAGUGUGAGAGAGACUACCGUACAGGGCCGUGCUUUGCAUCCGUGAGUAACCAGAUGUGCCAGGGCCAGCUGACGGGCAUCGUGUGUACCAAGACGCUGUGCUGUGCCACCGUGGGGAGGGCAUGGGGACACCCCUGUGAGAUGUGCCCCGCCCAGCCUCACCCCUGCAGGAGAGGAUUUAUACCCAACCAUCGCACCGGGGCCUGCCAAGAUGUGGAUGAGUGCCAGGCCAUCCCAGGUCUGUGUCAGGGUGGUAACUGUAUCAACACUGUUGGAUCAUUCGAGUGUAAGUGUCCUGCUGGACACAAGUUCAACGAGAUCACACAGAAAUGUGAAGAUCUAGAUGAGUGUUCUAACAUCCCAGGCUUGUGUAGUGGAGGAGAGUGUUCCAACACGGUGGGCAGUUACUUCUGCAGGUGUCCUCAGGGCUACUACACUCCAGUGGAUGGCUCCAGGUGUAUAGAUGCACGGGGUGGGUACUGCUAUGCCAGCCUGCUGAACGGGCGUUGUGCCAACCAGAACUCCCAGCUGCUGACCAAGAUACAGUGCUGCUGUGACAGCGGGCGCUGCUGGUCAGACGGAUCCAAUCCCGAGUUGUGCCCCAUGACGGGGACUGAUGAGCACCAGAAGCUGUGCACACAGGUGCAGACCGGUCCAGGGGGGGGGCCUCUCCCAGGUGGGGGGGGGCCUCUCCCAGGCGGGGGAGGGGAAAUACCAGGAGGUCCCCAGGUCCCAGGUAUCAACCUAAGACCACCCUACCCAGGCGUACCAAUCCCUUUCCAGCCUCCGCCUAGAGAAGGUCUAUACCCUGGACCCAUCAUCAUCCAGAGCCAGAACAUCAGUACCAGCAUUACUAACAUGUGUGAGGUGUACAGGAACCUGUGUCUGAACGGCCGCUGUGUCCCCACCCCUGGAAGCUACCGCUGUGACUGUAACAUGGGCUUCAGACUAGACUCACGAGGAGAGUGUAUCGAUGAUGAUGAGUGUGAGCGGAACCCGUGUGUGAACGGAGAGUGUGUGAACACGGCUGGAUCCUACUUCUGCCAGUGUCCUGCUGGCUUCCAGUCCACUGCUACCAGGACAGAGUGCAGAGACCUGGAUGAGUGUGUGACCAACGGUCGUAUCUGUAACAACGGAAGGUGUGUGAACACUGAGGGGAGCUUCCACUGUGUUUGCAACGCCGGCUUUGACAUCUCUACUGAUGGAAAGAACUGUCAAGACAUGGAUGAGUGUCUGAUCAGGAACAUGUGUUUGAAUGGGAUGUGCAUGAACGAAGAGGGAAGCUUUAAAUGUAUCUGUAAACCUGGCUUCCUGCUCAACCCAACCGGACGCUUUUGUGUAGACAUUGAUGAGUGUGAGACUCCAGGGAUGUGUAUGAACGGCCACUGUGUGAACACGGAGGGGUCGUUCAGGUGUGAGUGUAUGGCUGGUUUGGCUGUGGGUCUGGAUGGACGCGUCUGUGUCGACACACAUAUGCGCAGCACGUGUUACGGAGGCUACAAGCGGGGACAGAGUGUGAAGCCAUUCUUCGGAGCCGUGACCAAGUCAGAGUGCUGCUGUGCCAGCGUGGAGUACGCCUUUGGAGAGCCCGGCCAACCAUGCCCGCCCCAAAGCUCAGCUGAGUUCCUGGCUCUGUGUAUUAACGGCCCCGGCGUCACCAGCGAUGGCAGAGAUAUCAAUGAGUGUGCUCUGGACCCGGACAUCUGUCAGAACGGUGUGUGUGAAAACAUGCUGAGGACCUAUAAGUGUAACUGCAACAUGGGCUUCGAGGUGGACACCACUGGCAAAAACUGUGUUGACAUAGAUGAGUGUGCAGUGAACAGGCUACUGUGUGACAACGGCCUGUGCAGGAACACUCCAGGUAGUUUCACCUGCCACUGUCCCACCGGCUUCCUGUUCCACGCUGAGACGGAUGUCUGCGAAGACGUUGAUGAGUGUGAGUCGAAGCCGUGUGUGAACGGGGACUGUAAGAACAGCCCGGGGUCCUACGCGUGUCUCUGCUCAGCAGGCAGCACGCUGGACGCCUCUAAAACACAGUGUAUAGAGACCAGUAAAGGCACAUGUUGGCUGAAGGUGAUUAACGGACGCUGUGAGAUCAACAUCAACGGAGCCACUCUGAGAUCCCACUGCUGCUCCACACUGGGAGAGGCCUGGGGAAGCCCCUGUGCCAAGUGUGAACCAGAUCAGUUCUGCACUAAGGGUUAUGCCAGAGUCAGAGGGACCAUCUGUGAAGAUGUUAAUGAGUGUGAGGUGUUUCCGGGGGUGUGUAUCAAUGGGAAGUGUGUGAACACCGUGGGCUCCUUCAUCUGCCAGUGUCCCUCUGGGAUGACUGUCGACGCCACCGGACGGACAUGUAUAGACCUGCGUACGGAGCAGUGUUAUCUGAGCCACGAGGAUGAACGUUGCGGAGCCCCUAUCCCGGGUCGUCACCGUGUGGAUGCGUGCUGCUGCUCGGUGGGUGUGGCCUGGGGCCCGGAAUGUGACGAGUGUCCGGAGAAAGGCUCUCAGGAGUACAGCCAGCUCUGUCCCAGGGGACCCGGCUUCGCUAACAGAGGAGACUUCAUUAACGGACGGCCCUUCCUCAAAGAUAUAAACGAGUGUAAGAUGAUCCACAGCUUGUGCUCCAAUGGGAAGUGUAGGAACACCAUCGGUAGUUUCCGUUGUCGCUGUGACAACGGCUUCGCUCUGGACUCUGAUGAGAGGAACUGUACAGACAUCGACGAGUGCCGUAUCUCUCCAGACCUGUGCGGUCAGGGCACAUGUGUGAACACGGGUGGGGACUUCGAGUGUGAAUGUUUUGAAGGUUACGAGAGCGGCUUCAUGAUGAUGAAGAACUGCAUGGACAUUGAUGAGUGUGAGCGGAACCCUCUGCUGUGUCGCGGUGGUGAGUGUGUGAACAAUGAGGGUAGCUUCCAGUGUGUGUGUCCCGACGGACACGAGAUCGCCCCCGACGGAUCCGCCUGUCUCGAUAUUAAUGAGUGUGAACUGAGUGAGAAGCUGUGUCGAAACGGUCAGUGUGUGAAUAUGAUUGGACGCUACCAGUGUUCGUGUGAUACUGGAUACAAAUCCACAGAGAACAGACUGGCCUGUGUCGACAUUGAUGAGUGUACGAUCCAGAACGGAGGUUGUGAGACAUUCUGUACCAACUCAGAGGGGAGCUAUGAGUGCAGCUGUCGCUCUGGAUACGCCCUGAUGCCAGACCUCAGGACCUGCACUGACAUCGAUGAGUGUGAGGACAGUCCAGACGUCUGUGACGGAGGCCAGUGUACCAACAUUCCAGGAGAGUACCAGUGUCUCUGCUUCGAUGGAUUCAUGUCUUCUGAAGAUAUGAAGACCUGUCUGGAUGUGGAUGAGUGUGAGCUGAACCCUAACAUCUGUCUGAGUGGGAACUGUGAAAAUAGCAAGGGAUCCUUUAUCUGCCACUGUGACAAGGGCUACUCCGUACGCAAGGGAACCACCGGCUGCACAGAUAUUAAUGAGUGUGAGAUCGGGGCCCAUAACUGUGACAGACAUGCCUCAUGCACCAACACGGCUGGCAGCUUCAAGUGUAGCUGUGCUCCGGGAUGGAUUGGAGACGGGAUCAAAUGCACAGACCUGGAUGAGUGUUCCAACGGGACCCACAUGUGCAGCAACAACGCAGACUGUCUGAACACCAUGGGAUCCUACCGCUGCCACUGCAAAGACGGAUUCUCUGGGGACGGCUUCUACUGCUCAGACAGCGAUGAAUGUGCGGAUAACGUGAACCUGUGUGAGAGCGGCAACUGUCUGAAUGUUCCUGGAGGCUACCGCUGCGAGUGUGACAUGGGCUUCAUCCCAACCCCGGACGGAAAAGCCUGCGAGGACAUAGACGAGUGUACAUUUGCCGAUAUCUGUGUGAAUGGAAGGUGUCAGAACAUUCCGGGGCUGUUCAGGUGUCAGUGUAGCAUCGGCUAUGAGCUGGACAGGAGUGGAGGCAACUGCACAGACAUUAAUGAGUGUGCUGACCCGACCACCUGUAUCAGUGGGCUGUGUGUCAACACCCCAGGUAGCUACAUCUGUAACUGUCCUCAAGACUUCGAACUCAACCCCACACGCGUGGGUUGCGUAGACACUCGUUCUGGUGACUGCUAUCUGGACGUGCGGAUGCGGGGGGAUGCGUCUGAGAGUUUGGUCUGUUCCAAUGAGAUCGGUGUGGCGGUGUCCAAAGCCUCCUGCUGCUGUUCUCUAGGGCAGGCCUGGGGAACACCCUGCGAAGCCUGCCCUCCUCUCAACUCCUCGGAGUACAAGACGUUGUGUCCUGGAGGAGAGGGAUUCAGACCUAACCCCAUCACUGUCAUACUGGAAGACAUCAAUGAGUGCCAGGAGCUGCCAGGCCUGUGUCAAGGAGGACACUGCAUCAACACCUUCGGUAGCUUCCAGUGUGAAUGUCCCAAAGGCUUCCAACUCAACGAGGAGAACAGAGUCUGUGAAGAUGUUAAUGAGUGUGAGCGUCCAGGUAUCUGUGGACCAGGCCAGUGUUACAACACCAUAGGAAACUACACCUGUAUCUGCCCUGUGGACUACAUGCAGGUCAAUGGAGGAAACAACUGUAUGGACAUGAGGAAGAGUUUCUGCUACAGGAACUUCUACUCUGACAACGGGACGUGUGACGGAGAGUUGACCUUCAACAUGACCAAGAAGAUGUGCUGCUGCUCCUACAACAUCGGACGGGCCUGGAACAGACCCUGUGAACAGUGUCCUGUACCCAGCACCAAUGAGUUUGCCAUUCUGUGUGGAAGUGAGAGACCAGGAUACUACAUUGAUAUCUACACAGGACAGGUCAUCGACAUCGAUGAGUGCAGGGAAAUCCCAGGUGUGUGUGAGAACGGCGUGUGUAUCAACAUGAUUGGCAGCUUCAGGUGUGAGUGUCCAAUGGGCUUCCUGUACAAUGACAAGCUGCUUAUCUGUGAAGACAUUGAUGAGUGUCAGAAUGGGCCAGUGUGCCAGCAGAAUGCAGGCUGUCUCAACAUGCCUGGUAGUUACCGCUGUGAAUGUAAACCUGGAUACCGCUUCACCCCCACUGGACAGUGUCUGGAUCGUAAUGAGUGUGUGGAGAACCCAGGAGUGUGUAGUCCAGGCCAGUGUAUUGAUACGUUGGGAAGCUAUCGCUGUAUCUGCCCCAAUGGUUUCAAGGCUACAUCAGACCUGGCCAUGUGUAUCGAUGUGGAUGAGUGUGAGAGACAGCCGUGUGGGAACGGCACCUGUAAGAACACAGUGGGAUCCUAUAACUGCCUGUGUUACCCUGGCUUUCAGCUCUCACACAACAAUGACUGCAUAGAUACUGAUGAGUGUUCGAGCCAAAGAGGGCUGUGUAGAAACGGGAACUGUAUUAACACCCUGGGCUCCUUCGUGUGUGUGUGUCGCGACGGCUACGAACUCAGCGCCGACGGAAGAAUUUGUGUUGACAUCAAUGAGUGUGCAGUGAACCCUGGGACUUGUGGUCCAGGCACCUGUCAGAAUCUGGACGGCUCCUACAGGUGUAUCUGCCCACUUGGCUACUACAUACAGGACGAGACCUGUGAAGAUAUUGAUGAGUGUUCUCAGACCCCAGACAUCUGUCUGUUUGGGACCUGCUCCAACACUGAAGGCAGCUUCACCUGUGUGUGUCCUGCCGGCUUUCAGCUGUCCUCCUCAGGACGCAGAUGCGUGGAUGUCCGUGUGAACUACUGUUAUACUAAGUUUGAGAGUCGUCGCUGCAUGGCCCCUAAGCCUCUGAACACCACUAAAGCGGACUGUUGCUGUAGUGCCAUGCCUGGUCAGGGCUGGGGAGACCCCUGUGAGAUCUGCCCCGGCAAGAAUGAGGAGGCGUUUAUGUCUCUCUGCCAUGCGGUUGGACAGGUGUUUGGCCCUGAUGACCAGCCCAUAGACAUUGAUGAGUGCACCACCAACCCCAACAUCUGCAAUAACGGUCAGUGUAUCAACACGGACGGGUCGUUCCGAUGUGAGUGUCCAUUUGGCUUCCGACUCGACACCUCAGGGAUCAACUGUGAAGAUACUAAUGAGUGUGACCUGGGGAACCCAUGUGGAAACGGAACGUGCACUAACGUGAUUGGAGCGUUUGAGUGUGCAUGUGAUGAAGGCUUCGAACCCGGACCCAUGAUGUCUUGUGAAGAUGUGAACGAGUGUUCACAGAAUCCUUUGCUGUGUGCGUUCCGCUGCGUGAACGUGAUUGGUUCCUAUGAGUGUAAAUGUCCGACGGGCUACGUGCUGCGAGAGGACAAGAGAAUGUGCAAAGACCAGAAUGAGUGUGAGGAUGGGCUGGAUGACUGUGAGAGCAGAGGGAUGCGCUGUAAGAACCUCAUCGGAACCUACAUGUGUAUCUGUAACCCUGGUUACACACGCGCCCCUAACGGAGAGGGCUGUAUAGAUCUGAAUGAGUGCUCUGCUAAGCCAGGUAUCUGUGAGAACGGUCGUUGUGAGAACACGGUUGGAAGCUAUCGCUGCAGGUGUGACCAAGGCUUCAGCGCCAACCCUACACAGACUGAAUGUAUAGAUAACCGCCAGGGCCUGUGUUUCACGGAGGUGUUGACUACAUUGUGCCAGAUGCAGUCCAGUAGCAGGAACAGUGUGACUAAGUCUGAGUGUUGCUGUGAUGGAGGACGAGGCUGGGGCUCUAACUGUGAGCUGUGUCCUCUACCUGGGACCACACAGUACAAAAAGAUGUGUCCACUGGGGCCCGGAUACACAACAGACGGCAAAGACAUAGAUGAGUGUCGUGUGAUGGGGAACCUGUGUGUGAACGGACAGUGUGUCAACAGCCUGGGCUCCUACAGCUGUGUGUGUAAAACUGGAUACACCACAGAUAUCACUGGCACCCUGUGUGUGG